CACGCGUUUUCACGUUCAUAUGCAGAAGCAGCUAACAAAAUGGCUGACGCCACUGCUCGCUCGUUGCAGUACGAGUACAAAGCGAACUCCAAUCUUGUGCUGCAAGUUGAUCGCUCACUGAUCGAGCGACGAGGCCGAGAUGAAGCCACUGGAGAGGUUAUGUCCCUGGUGGGCAAGCUUGAAGGAAGCAAGAUGGGUGACAGAGCCCAGCGUACCAAGCCGCCAAUGCAGGAAGAAAGAAAGAUCAAGCGUCAGAAGAGAGACGACGCUCGCUACGACAUGAACAAGUUCAAAGGUCAGACACUGCUGUCCCAAGGCAUUGAAGACAUGGUGGGCAUCUACUACAGGCCUAAGACCCAGGAGACCAGGAACACGUAUGAAGCCCUGCUAAGCUUCAUACAAGCAGCUAUCGGCGACCAGCCGCGAGAUAUUCUGUGUGGUGCGGCCGACGAAGUCCUGGCAACGUUGAAGAACGAGCACAGCAAGAGUAAAGACAAGAAGAAGGAGCUGGAACUUCUCUUGGGCCUACUGGCCGAAGAACGGUUUGCACUCCUGGUCAACUUGGGGAAGAAGAUCACCGACUACGGAUCGGAGAAGGAAAAGAAAGCCAUUGAGGAGGAGAUAGACGAAACAUUUGGAGUCAACGUGCAGUUUGAAGCCUCAGACGAUGACGAUGACCCGGAUGACUGUGGAGAGGUCAAAGGUGAGGAGUCAGAGGAUGACGACGACGAAGGUGGCAUGGACACCGGCUACGAUGCCACGCUGAGUACCAGUCUUGGAGGCAGUGAAGCUGCUAUGGGCAUGGCCAAGAAGGACUUGCAUCCGCGCGACAUCGACGCUUUCUGGCUUCAGAGACAGCUGAGCAAGUUCUACGACGAUCCGAACGUGUCGCAGGCGCGCUCCUCGGAGGUGCUCGAUAUUCUCAAGACGGCCGCCGAUGACGGUCAGGUGGAGAACCAGCUGGUCAUGCUUCUGGGUACCAACCAGUUUGACUUCAUCAAGAUCCUGAGACAACAUCGUAAAAUGAUUCUCUACUGCACACUGCUCAACCGCGCCCAGGACUCUGCCGAGCGCCAACGGAUCGAGGACAAGAUGCGCUUUGACCCCUCCCUGGCUCCCAUUCUCCACGCCUUGACCGAGACGGACAAGGAAGACAUCAUCAAAGAGGAGCGGGCGAGGCGGGCCGCCGCCAGGCAGUCCAAGGUGGAUGCAGACCUGGACGCCAUGGAAACGGACGAACCAGAGAACGUAAUGCAGGCUACAGAGAUGUUGGAGAUUGAUGACCUCAUCUUUGCCCAAGGAGGUCACCUGAUGGCCAACAAGAGAUGCCAGCUGCCCGACGGUUCCUUCAGAAGGCAGCGUAAGGGCUAUGAAGAGGUCCACGUUCCCGCUCUCAAACCCAAGCCCUUCGACGACACGGAGGCACUGGUUCCGAUCGACAGACUUCCGAAGUACGCACAGCCUGCCUUCGAAGGAUUCAAGAGCUUGAAUCGCAUCCAGAGCAGACUCUACAAAUCGGCUUUGGAGAGCGAUGAGAACUUGCUGCUGUGUGCCCCGACCGGAGCCGGUAAGACCAACGUCGCCCUCCUCACUAUCCUGAGGGAGAUCGGCAAGAACAUCAACCUGGACGGGACCAUCAACACGGACGCCUUCAAGAUCAUCUACAUCGCUCCCAUGCGCUCGCUGGUGCAAGAGAUGGUUGGCAACUUCAAGAAGCGCUUGGACUCCUACGGCAUCACCGUCUCGGAGUUGACCGGCGACCACCAGCUGACCAAGGACCAAAUCCACGCCACCCAGAUCAUCGUCUGCACGCCGGAGAAGUGGGACAUCAUCACGCGCAAAGGCGGAGAGAAGACGUACACCCAGCUCGUGCGGCUGAUAAUCAUUGAUGAGAUCCACUUGCUCCACGACGACAGAGGACCCGUUCUCGAGGCAGUCAUUGCAAGGACGAUCCGCAACAUAGAGACAUCCCAAGAGGACGUACGACUGGUCGGCCUGUCGGCGACGCUGCCCAACUACCAAGACGUGGCCACCUUCCUGCGCGUCAACACCGACCGGGGACUCUUCUUCUUUGACAACAGCUUCCGGCCUGUGCCCCUUGAGCAGCAGUACAUUGGCAUCACCGAGAAGAAGGCCAUCAAACGCUUCCAGCUGAUGAACGAGAUUGUCUACGAGAAGGUGAUGGAGCACGCCGGCAAGAACCAGGUGCUGGUGUUUGUUCAUUCUCGUAAGGAGACGGGCAAGACGGCCCGUGCCAUCAGGGACAUGUGUUUGGAGCAUGACACCCUGGGCCAGUUCCUUCGAGAGGGGUCAGCCUCCACUGAAGUCCUGCGCACAGAAGCAGAGCAGGCAGAGAACCUGGAGCUGAAGGACUUGCUGCCGUAUGGCUUUGCCAUCCACCACGCCGGCAUGAACCGGGUGGACCGUGCUCUGGUGGAGGACCUGUUUGCCGACCGGCACAUCCAGGUGCUCUGCUCGACGGCAACCUUGGCCUGGGGUGUCAACCUGCCCGCCCACACGGUCAUCAUCAAAGGCACGCAGAUCUACAAUCCGGAGAAAGGACGGUGGGUGGAGCUAGGCCCGCUGGACGUCCUGCAGAUGCUGGGGCGUGCAGGACGCCCUCAGUACGACACCAAGGGAGAAGGAAUCCUGAUAACAAGCCACAGUGAGCUACAGUACUACCUGUCACUGCAGAACCAACAGCUGCCGGUGGAGAGCCAGUUUGUCUGCAAGCUGUCGGACAACCUCAACGCCGAGGUGGUGCUGGGCAACAUCCAGACCAUGAAGGACGCCGUCACCUGGCUGGGCUACACCUACCUGUACAUCCGCAUGAUGCGCAACCCCACCCUCUACGGGAUACCAGCGGACGCCAAGGACACGGACCCUUACCUGGAGAGCCACCGCAUCAACCUGGUGCACGCCGCCGGCUGUCUACUGGACAAGAACAACCUGGCCAAGUACGACCGGAAAUCGGGCCACUUCCAGGUCACGGAGCUGGGCCGCAUCGCCAGCCACUACUACUGUACCAACGAGUCCAUCGCCACCUACAACAGCUUACUCAAGCCCACGCUGAGCGAGAUUGAUCUCUUCCGAGUCUUCUCCCUCUCCAGCGAGUUCAGGAACAUGGUAGUCAGAGAGGAGGAGAAGUUGGAAUUGACCAAGCUGUUGGAGAGAGUGCCCAUACCCAUCAAGGAGAGCAUCGAAGAGCCCAGUGCCAAGGUCAAUGUGCUUCUUCAAGCGUACAUCUCACAGCUCAAGCUAGAUGGGUUUGCCCUGGUGUCAGACAUGGUUUACAUCACGCAGUCUGCUGGGCGGCUGAUUCGUGCCAUCUUCGAGAUUGUUCUUCACCGAGGAUGGGCCCAACUCACAGACAAAACGCUUUCCUUGGCCAAGAUGAUAGACAAGCGCAUGUGGCAGUCCAUGAACCCCCUGCGGCAGUUCCGCAAGAUCCCGGAGGAGGUGGUGCGCAAGAUCGAGAAGAAGAGCUUCCCCUGGGAGCGCUUCUACGACCUGGGCCCCAACGAGAUCGGCGAGCUGAUCCGACUGCCCAAGCUGGGCAAGACGCUGCACAAGUACGUCCACCAGUUCCCCAAGCUGGAGUUGGCCACCCACAUCCAGCCCAUCACCCGCAGCACCCUGCGGGUGGAGCUGACCGUCACGCCCGACUUCCAGUGGGACGAGAAGAUCCACGGCAACUCCGAGGCAUUUUGGAUCCUCGUGGAAGACGUGGACAGCGAAAUCAUCCUGCAUCACGAGUACUUCUUGCUCAAGAGCAAGUUUGCAGAGGAUGAGCACAUUGUCAAGUUCUUCGUUCCAGUCUUUGAACCCCUCCCUCCGCAAUACUUCAUCCGUCUUGUCUCCGACAGAUGGAUCGCCUCUGAGACACAGCUCCCGGUAUCCUUCCGGCACCUGAUCCUGCCCGAGAAGAACCUCCCCCCUACAGAGCUCCUUGACCUUCAGGCCCUGCCCGUCUCAGCUUUGAGGAACCCCUCCUUUGAAGCCCUCUACAGCAGCAAGUUCUCCGUCUUCAACCCCAUCCAGACCCAAGUUUUCAACGCUGUAUACAACAUGGACGAGAACGUCUUUGUAGGAGCGCCCACAGGUAGCGGCAAGACCAUCAUCGCUGAGUUUGCUAUCCUGCGUAUGCUGACCCAGGCACCUGAGGGAAGGUGCGUCUUCGUCACUCCCCUGGAGGCAUUGGCUGAACAGGUCUACACGGAGUGGUACGCCAAGUUCCAGAUGCAGCUGGGGAAGAAGGUCGUCCUGCUGACGGGGGAGACCAGCACCGACCUGAAGCUGCUGGCCAAGGGCAACAUCGUCAUCAGCACCCCGGAGAAGUGGGACGUGCUGUCGCGGCGAUGGAAGCAGCGCAAGAACGUCCAGAAUGUCAACCUCUUCGUCGUGGACGAACUGCAGCUGAUCGGCGGGGACAACGGCCCGGUGCUGGAAGUCAUCUGCUCCCGGAUGCGAUACAUCUCCUCGCAGAUCGAGCGCAACAUCCGCAUCCUGGCCCUCAGCUCGUCCCUGGCCAACGCCAAGGACAUCGCCCAGUGGCUGGGGGCCAGCACCACCAACACCUUCAACUUCCAUCCCAACGUCCGACCGGUACCGCUGGAACUGCACAUACAGGGCUUCAACAUCACCCACACGGCGUCGCGCCUGAUCGCCAUGGUGAAACCCACCUACAACGCCAUCCUGAAGUACUCCCCCAACAAGCCGGUCAUCGUCUUCGUGCCCUCCCGCAAGCAGACCAAGCUAACGGCCAUCGACCUGCUGACCUACUCCUCAGCCGAGGACACGGAGGAGAGCCGCUUUCUGCACGUGCCCAAGGAGGACCUGGCCGGCCACAUCAGCAAGGUCAACGACGAGACGCUGUGCGAGAUGCUGGAGAACGGCAUAGCCUACCUCCACGAGGGCCUGUCCGAGCUGGAGAAGAAGGUCGUGGAGCAGCUCUACACCUCCGGGGCCGUCCAGAUCGUCGUCGCCGCUCGCAACAUGUGCUGGGGCAUGACCUUCCCCGCCCACCUGGUGGUCGUCAUGGACACGCAGUAUUACAAUGGGAAGAUCCACGCCUAUGUCGACUACCCAGUGACUGAUGUCUUACAAAUGGUUGGACGCGCUAACAGACCGGAUAUAGACCAAGAAGUCGGCAAGUGCGUCAUCCUGUGCCAAGGUUCCAAGAAAGACUUCUACAAGAAGUUCUUGUACGAGCCGUUGCCGGUGGAGUCUCAUCUGGAUCACUGCCUCCACGACCAUUUCAACGCAGAGGUGGUGACCAAGACAAUUGAGAACAAGCAGGACGCGGUGGACUACCUGACCUGGACGUUCCUCUACCGACGCAUGACACAGAACCCGAAUUACUACAACUUGCAAGGCGUGACCCAUCGCCACUUGUCGGACCACCUCUCGGAGCUGGUGGAGAACACCCUGCAGGACCUGGAGCAGUCCAAGUGCGUCAGCAUCGAGGACCAGAUGGACAUCUCGCCGCUCAACCUGGGCAUGAUCGCCGCCUACUACUACAUCAACUACACCACCAUCGAGCUCUUCAGCAUGUCGCUCAACAACCGCACCAAGAUCAAGGGGUUGAUUGAGAUCAUUGCCUCGGCCGCCGAGUACGAGCAGAUCCCCAUCCGACACCACGAGGAUUCCGUCAUGAAGCAGUUGUCGAGCCGGGUUCCCAACAAGUUGGCCAAUGCUCGUUUCAACGACCCCCACGUCAAGACCAACCUGCUGAUCCAGGCCCACCUCGGACGGAUGCAGCUGUCGGCCGAGCUUCAAUCGGACACUGAGGACAUCCUGGGCAAAGCCUUGAGGCUGAUCCAAGCCUGCGUGGACGUCCUGUCCAGCAACGGCUGGCUGUCCCCUGCCCUGGCCGCCAUGGAGCUGGCUCAGAUGGUCACCCAGGCCAUGUGGAACAAGGACUCCUACCUCAAGCAGCUGCCCCACUUCUCCUCGGACCUCAUCAAGAAAUGCACGGAGAAGGGUGUCGAGAGCAUCUUCGACAUCAUGGAGAUGGACGACGACGAUCGCAACGAGCUUCUCGUGCUGGCUGAUGCCCAGAUGGCCGACGUGGCCAGGUUCUGUAAUCGCUACCCCAACAUCGAGCUCACCUACGAGGUGCAAGAAAAGGACAGUCUGGAAAGUGGCUCCCCUGUGGUUGUCAAUGUCAUUCUGGAAAGAGAAGAUGAAGUCACUGGACCAGUCGUGGCCCCCUUUUUCCCACAGAAACGCGAGGAGGGCUGGUGGGUGGUGAUUGGCGACACCAAGACCAACAGCCUGAUCUCCAUCAAGCGGCUGACCCUGCAGCACAAGGCCAAGGUCAAGCUGGACUUUGUGGCCCCCUCCCCGGGCCUCCACAACUACACCAUCUACUUCAUGAGCGACUCCUACAUGGGCUGCGACCAGGAGUACAAGUUUGGCAUCGAGGUCCGGGAGGCCCGGGACUCCAGCAGCGAGGAGAGCGACGAGGACAGCUCAGACGACGAGUAGGCCGGCAAGUGGAUUGGCCGAGUCGCAGAUUGAGCGGCAGUGCAGACAAGGUUCACGUCCAGAUCUGUCAUGCUGGGAACUUGGUUGAUUGUGGCGCCAGGAUGGGGACGUAGCGCUAAUCCGCGCACUAAAAACAAGUGGGUUUCUUUAGCGUCGGACUACUUUGUUUCCAAGUCAGUUCUAGCAUCCGUUAUUUUUGUAUAAACCAAGUUAAAAGAUAAAUUUCUUGCAUGUUCAAAUGAUAAAAACAUUAAUCGGGUGAGCUGAUUUUCAUAUUCUGUCCCACACUUUGUGAGAAUCUAACCAUUUGGUCUUGUAAUGAACAAGGAGCGAAGCAAAGAAAUGUACAAGGUCAUUAAAAAUAUUGUUGAAGGCACUACAAAGGAAGACUUGGUAAGAAUAAUGCUUGACGUAAUGCCGUGCCCUAGUGAUAAAGAAAUUGUUGCUCUUUGAUCAGUGUACAUAAUUAUGUGGGGAAAGGGAAACCGUAGGUGGAAUUUUUUUUUAAAUGGACAAUGUAAAUAAGGUUCAAGUCAUGUUAGACCGGUCUGUUUUCGUUGUUUGGUAAUGCAACAUUCCUUGGAUAGUUCACCGCAUUCUAGGCAGCAUUUAGAGGCACACGGACCACGGCGUUUGGGAUCUGUCGGGAGGUAAAUGGUUAAGGACUGACUAUAAUUUGCCGUUGAUAAUGUUUGUGUUUAACAUUUUGGUUUCCUAUUUGUAAAAGAAACUUUUGUUGUGUUACGAAUUUAUGAAAUUGUAAGUCAAGAUUAAUUUGGAGAUAAGGAUAGACAAAGUGACCUGUAGACUUAAACCAACUGAGUGACGUUGAGAGAGUGUGGUAUACAAGCAUUGUGUAUCGGCUAUCACCACAGACAAGAACGCGGUGAUUGUGGAGUUACACCACCACAUUUAUUUCCGUCGUGCUUUUCUGUUUAUGACACGGAUGAAGGAAAGGAGCUUCGCCCUGUUCCAAAGAACGUACACUCGGAACUAGGUGUUGUCUCAUCGCUAGUGUACUUGGUGUCCGGGAUCUAUAACAGAUACGCCUGAAAUACAUUCAAAUCCAAUCCAUGUUCAAAUCUACUCUGGAGGACACAUCACAUAACGGAGCUUUACCCCAGGCUCUUAAACUCAAGAGCUAUCAGUCCUUUGAACAAAACCAGUUUGUUCCCUCGUUAUAGCUAUAAAUCUAGAAUACAUUCACUUGACACUGAACACUAGUGGUGAGCGCACAGAAAGGUUGCCACAGUUGAGUAAAAAUUGCUCUCGGUUGGUUUUUAACAGGAUUACUUGAAAUUUCAGGUUUCCAGCCUUUCAGUGAAUUAUCUUUUGUUGCAUCUUUAGAAAUCAGAUAGGAAAAUAAACGUAUGGACUGCCUCCUAA